UUGCAGUCAACUAAAAUAUGCCUUCGGAUCGAUUACAUUUGGUUAAUUUUUGUGUAGUUUUUAUCAUUUGGAACGCCUUAUUCACUCCAAAUAAAGCGCAAUUUUACAAUUUAAUAUUCAGUGAUUUCAAAUGCCAAGUCAACAAUGAUUUCGUAGCAAAUUUCUCAUGUUUUCUAAAUAAAGCCGGAAAAAUUCCAUCAACAAAUAUGGAUGUUCAAAUGAAAAAAGAAGUCACCGAUUUUCGAAUGGAUUUGUUUGUCUACAUGGAAAAGGCUAAUGGUGAAAGUAGUUUACUCUUUAAAGUAAUCGGUUUACAACUUUGUAGAAUUUUUGAAAAGAAUUUCUCAACACCGGUGCUACGAGCUUAUAAAAGUAUGGUAUUAAUUCCAACAAAUGUCAUCCCAAAGCGGUGUCCUAUUCCAGCGAAUUUUCACUACAAACUCUAUAACAUCACAAUGGAUUCGGAAUUACUGCCGGCAUAUGUUCCAGAGACUUCCUUCAAAAUCAUCGUCGUGAAUAAGGAAAUCAAAGAAAUGUUUUGGCAGACAACGACUUUGGGUAAAGUAGUUCGCAGGAAGAGCAGCAAAAGUCGGAAAAAUAGUAAUCAUUAGAAUGUUUGUGACAUAAUUUUAGGUAAUGGCAACUUUGAGCUUUUGUAAUCUGUUGUUUUUGAA